AUGUGACGCAAUUUCCUGCUUUUGCCGACAGCAGUGAAGCUAACGUGUUAGCGUCUGAAAAUGAGCUUCUUUUUACCAAAAUUAACAACCAAAAAAGACAUCGAUGAAGUUAUCAAAGCCGUCGCGGAGAAAGUUUUAGUUCUGAGGUUCGGGAGAGACGAUGACUCGGUUUGUCUCCAGCUCGACGAGAUACUGUCAAAAACCGCACACGAUUUGAGUAACAUGGCGUCCAUCUAUAUCGUUGAUGUAGACAAAGCUCCAAUUUACACCAGAUACUUUGACAUCAGCUAUAUCCCAUCCACUGUCUUCUUUUUUAACGGGCAGCACAUGAAAGUCGAUUAUGGGUCUCCAGAUCACACUAAAUUUGUUGGCAGCUUUAAAACCAAGCAGGACUUCAUAGACCUAAUCGAGGUGAUUUACCGAGGAGCCAUGAGGGGGAAAAUGAUAGUCCAGAGUCCAAUAGAUCCUCAGAAUAUUCCAAAAUAUGAUCUUCUCUACCAUGGGAUUUAGCAUCUUCAUGAGUGUCUCUGUCAAAACAGCAUCAAAGUGACAUGUAUUUUUCUUGACUGAGAAAAUUGCCAAAUUCUCCUGGCAUUUAGCCACCUGAAGUUGUGUGAAGAAGUUUUUAUAAAAGUGUUCUAGAUUUGAAACCAUAUUUUUGAAAAAAACUAUAAUGUGUUCUUUACGCUUAUUUUAUUUAAGACCUUAUCUUUUUUUGCAACUACAAUGUAACAUGAAUUUUGUAGGUAAGAACAUAAUUUUGUUUGUGGAUGACCUUAGAGUCAGAAAUUAUGUUUCCCAUGGAAAACUGCCACAUACCUGCUGGAGAAACCAAUGUUUAUGUGAAAUGUCAAAACCUUGUUCUGAUAAUAAAACCUGAAGCACCUCCAAAAUUCUUUGUCUUCAUG